CCCUCACGCGGCGGCGGCAUGACGGACCCCGCGGCGCCCGCGGCCGGAGUGGGCCGCUUCAAGGCCAACUACGCCAUCGAGCGCAGGAUCGAACCUUUCUACAAGGGUGGAAAAGUGCAGCUGGACCAGGCCGGACAGCACCUUUUCUGUGUCUGUGGCACCAGAGUCAACAUCCUGAGCGUGGCCUCGGGGGCCCUGCUACGGAGCCUGGAGCAGGAGGACCAGGAGGACAUCACGGCUUUUGACCUCAGCCCCGAUGACCAGGUGCUGGUGACUGCCAGUCGCGCACUGCUGCUGGCUCAGUGGGCCUGGCGUGAGGGCACCGUUACCCGCCUGUGGAAAGCCAUACACACGGCCCCUGUGGCCACCAUGGCCUUCGACCCCACCUCCACACUGAUCGCCACAGGUGGCUGUGAUGGGGCCGUGCGUGUCUGGGACGUCAUACAACACCAUGGGACUCACCACUUUCGGGGCUCCCCGGGCGUGGUGCAUUUGGUGGCCUUCCACCCGGACCCCGCCCGCCUGCUGCUCUUCUCCUCAGCCGCAGACACUGCCAUCCGCAUGUGGUCACUGCAGGAUCGCUCCUGCCUGGCCGUGCUGACUGCCCACUACAGCACUGUCACCUCGCUGACCUUUAGUGCCGAUGGCCACACCAUGCUCAGCUCGGGCCGGGACAAGAUCUGCAUCAUCUGGGACCUGCGGAGCCACCAGGCCGUGAGGACCGUGCCAGUGUUUGAGGGUGUGGAGGCCGCGGUGCUGUUGCCUGAGGAGCCGGCUCCGGAGCUGGGUGUGAAGUCCACGGGCCUGCACUUCCUGACAGCUGGCGACCAAGGUGCGCUGCGUGUGUGGGAGGCGGCCUCUGGGCGGUGUGUGCACGUGCAGCCGCAGCCGCCGGGCCCGGGCCAAGAGCUCACGCACUGCGCCCUGGCCCGCGCCGCCGGCACACUGCUCAGCGUCACUGCCGAUCACAACCUGCUACUCUACGAGGCACGGACCCUGCAGCUGCAGAAACAGUUCGCUGGCUACAGCGAGGAGGUGAUGGACGUCCGGUUCCUCGGACCCAAGGACUCCCACGUGGUCGUGGCCUCUAACAGCCCCUGCCUGAAAGUGUUUGAGUUACAGACGUCCACCUGCCAGAUCCUCCACGGCCACACGGACAUUGUCUUGGCUCUGGACGUGUUCCGGAAGGGGUGGCUCUUCGCCAGCUGCGCCAAGGACCAAACCGUCCGCGUCUGGAGGAUGAGCAAGGCUGGACAGGUGGUUUGUGUGGCUCAGGGCUCCGGGCACACGCACAGCGUGGGUGCCAUCUGCUGUUCCAGGUUGAAGGAGUCCUUCCUGGUGACCGGCAGCCAGGACUGCACCGUGAAGCUGUGGCCCCUGCCCCCAGCCCUGCUCUCCGCCAGCACAGCCCCAGACAGGGACCCUGUCCUCCUCCAGGCUCAGGCCACACAGCGCUGCCAUGACAAGGACAUCAACAGUGUGGCUGUCGCCCCCAAUGACAAGCUGCUGGCCACGGCCUCACAGGACCGCACAGCCAAGCUCUGGGCCCUGCCUCAGUGCCAGCUGCUGGGCAUCUUCUCAGGCCACCGGCGCGGCCUCUGGUGUGUUCAGUUCUCCCCCAUGGACCAGGUGCUGGCCACAGCCUCGGCCGAUGGCACCAUCAAGCUCUGGGCGUUGCAGGAUUUCAGCUGCCUCAAGACAUUCGAGGGGCACGACACGUCUGUGCUGAAGGUGGCCUUCGUGAGCCGCGGCACGCAGCUGCUGUCUAGCGCCUCUGACGGGCUGGUGAAGCUCUGGACCAUCAAGAACAACGAGUGUGUGCGGACGCUGGACGCCCACGAGGACAAGGUCUGGGGACUGCACUGCAGCCGGCUGGACGACCGCGCCCUCACUGGGGCCAGCGACUCGAGCAUCAUCCUCUGGAAGGACGUGACAGAGGCAGAGCAGGCCGAGGAGCAGGCCAAGCUGGAGGAGCAGGUGGUCAAACAGCAAGAACUGAGUAACCUGCUGCACGAGAAACGCUACCUGCAGGCGCUGGGCCUGGCCAUCUCCCUGGACCGGCCCCACACUGUGCUGACCGUUGUCCAGGCCAUCCGGCGGGCCCCCAAGGCCUGUGAGAAGCUGGAAGCCACCUUGCUGCGGCUGCGUCGCGACCAGAAAGAGGCCCUGCUGCGCUUCUGUGUCACGUGGAACACCAACUCCCGGCACUGCCACGAGGCCCAGGCCGUGCUGGGCAUUCUGCUGCGGCACGAGCCCCCGGAGGAGCUGCUGGCCUACGAAGGUGUGCGGGCCUCGCUCGAGGCCCUGCUGCCCUACACCGAGCGGCACUUCCAGCGGCUCAGCCGUGCGCUGCAGGCGGCUGCCUUCCUGGACUUCCUGUGGCACAGCAUGAAGCUGCCCCCCCUGCCUGCGGGCCCCCCACCCUCUGAACACGCGUGAUGUCUUUUCUGUCCCGGCUCCGUGUCUCUCUGGGCUCCGCCUGGCCCCAGCCCAAGGCCCUGCGCUCAGCACUGAGGCGGGUGGUCACUGGA